AUGCUUCAACGACAGCGCUGUGAAGAUCAGGAUAAUCCACUUCCUGGUAUUAUGCUGUCAGCACCCACAAUGGAGUCAUUGGUGUUGCCUUCAAUAAGCAGCCAUUUGAGUGCUUCUUGUGAAAAAUUGGCUGUUCAUUCAGUAAUAACAUCGGAGAGUGACUUAGCCAACAGUCACACAUCCCUCGCCCCAACCAGUAGUGUAGAAGAGCCAAUGUGUGCAGUUUUCACGGUGCCAUCACUUCGGAGAACUAACUCAGCAACUACACCUCAGAUGAAAGAGGAGGCAGCAUGUGGUUUUAAGAGGGCUGAUAGUGAACAGAAUCCUGUGCAGAGAGCAGACAGUUCUGCAUCACAUCAAAGACGAUCUAGUGAAUCUUCUACUGGUUCUGACGCCAUUCUCCUUCAGCCCCCAGUUCCAGUGCGAGCUGCUACGCAGAAGCUUCCUCCACGGCCCCCUGAGCCUACUCCACCACCCAUUAAGGCAGGAUCUUCACGGCCAGCAACACGUAAUGAACGGCGAGUCCUCAGGCGCCAGUACAGUACACACGGUCCUGCAAGUCCCACACUCAUGCGUGAUGAGCAAGGUGGACAUCAUUCACUGCCGACGUAUAUGGAAGAAACUGAUACUGAUGAUCCAAAUCAACCUCCAGCACCCCCCAGCUCUCCAUACCCUCUUGCUCAUCUUCUGUCACGGGAAGACUCAGCCUCUCCUCAGUCAUUAGCAUCUCCUUUAUCACCAAUUCCACUUGCACACAGACUUCAGCGAGAUGGGUCUGGUUCAUCACAGUCCUUAGCUUCACCUGGCUCCCCGCGACUGCUAGGCAAUCGUCUUCUCCGUGAGGGGUCAGAGUCUCCACAAUGGCCAGCUUCCCCCACAGCAAAUCGCCGUGAAGAUUCAAAGGCCUCUCCUAAUUCCACUUUUCCAGCACAUAAACGUGCUCAGCGUGAAGAGUCAGCAUCUUCUCAGUUCCUUACUCCUACUGCUAAUCUUCACCCAAAAGUCCGUCGACUCAACCGUGGUGACUCUGAUGCUAACCAACUUCUGGCUCCUGUUUCUACCCACCAGAAAGUCCGACGGCUCCAUCGCGAUGAUUCAACCUUCUCCAAACUAACAGCUCCCACUACACCACAACAAUCAAAGAGUCUCCAACGCGAUGACUCUAGUUCUUCUCAUUUAUCAACCCCUCCUGCUACUCCUCUCCCAACAUGCAAACAUCUCCAACGAGAUGAUUCAGAUUCAUCUCACAUUCCUGAAUCUCCUAGCUCAACCAAGUCAUCAACACAUUAUCUUCAGAGUGAUGAUUCUGUGUCAACAUCUCCAAGUUCUCCCCUUCCAACAGUUAGACGUCUACAGCGUGAGGACACUGACUCUUCUAACAUUCCAGACUCCCCAGUUUCUCCUGAGUCAACAUCUCAACCCCUCCAGCAAGAAGACACUGGUACUGGUUCCUCAAGCAUGCCUACCCCUCCUAGCACACCUCAUUCGGUAAUUACACAGCUGGAACGGGAUGACUCGGACACCACCUCUCCUGUUCUAGAAUCAUCAAGUUCUUCCCAGCCAUCAACACCUCGUUUCUUGCGAGAGGACUAUGUUUCUCGUCGUAAGUCUGCAUCCCCUGUUUCCCCACAUGCAACAAUCCAACGACUACAUGCUGAGCAGUCAGGCUCUCCCAAAUUGCUAUCAUCCCCUAGCUCUCCGAAAUCUCCAGCUGCCCGUCUUCAGCAGGAUCAUCCUAGCACCCCUCCGGCUCUCUCAGGCUCACCCCAUUCUAAAGGUCCGACAAUGAAGCGAGAAGACUCAUGUUCUCCCCAGCCCCCAGCACCUCCAAGUUCACCGUUACCAAAAACAAGACGCCUCCAUCGUCAAGAUUCACGAAAUUCCUUGCCGCAAAUUCCCCCUGCUUCACCUAGUAUCCUUAAAAAUCGUCGAGAUUCACAGCCACAAAUGUCCCCAGUAUCGCCUUAUAGAGAUCGUCGAGAUUCACAGCCACAAAUGUCCCCAGUGUCUCCUUACAGAGAUCGUCGAGAUUCACAGACACUCCAGUUUGAAAUGUCUCCUUCUUCUCCUGUGCCCUUUCAAUUUGAUCGUCGAGAAUCACUCAAACAGUCCCAUAUCCCUCCUUCUCCACCUGCAACAUUUGUCUGUCGCCGUGACUCACCUUUAUCCCAAAUACCUCCUGGGUCCCCAUCAUCAGCUUUUGCAAGCCGACGCGACUCACUCCAGUCACAGAUGCUUCCCAUGUCUCCAUCAGCAACCUUGGAAAGGCGUCGCGAUUCACUCCAAUCACAGAUGCUUCCCAUGUCUCCAUCAGCAACCUUGGAAAGGCGUCGCGAUUCACUCCAAUCACAGAUGCUUCCCAUGUCUCCAUCAGCAACUUUGGAAAGGCGUCGCGAUUAA